UGUCAUUUAUAUACUCCGGUCUUUGUUGCCAAGUACAGCUGAUCGUAAUGGCAAUUCAAUAAAAGAUAUCACGAUACAGAGAAAGAUUCCUUUUCUUUAUGUAGCAUUGAAUUGGGGAAAAAGUUUCUUCGUAUUCUUUUGGCUGAUGACAUUAUGAUCGUAUAACUCUUAUAAUAUUAAUCAAAUCCGGUAAUAAUUUGAAUAGUAACAUGUAACUGAGUAUUUUUAAGUAAGCUUAUGAUUAUAUUCGUUUAUUUAUUUAAAAGUUAUUACGUCUUGAAAAUGAAUGAAAAUUAAGAAGAAAUUCGAUAAAUUUUCAAGUUUUGCUACAAAAAAAAAAAAAAAAAAAAAAAAAAAAAAAAAAAAAAAAAAAAAAAAAGAAGAAAAAAGGAAGUAUGUGAGUUAGGUUGCUAAGAAAAUUUGUGAUAUUUAUUGACUUGAUAAAAUGUAAAUAUUUCCGGUCUAGUUAAAUAUUGAUUUUAAUCUCUAUUAUCUUUAUUAUUUCCUAAGAUUAUAUUAAGCAAUCAAGAAAAAAUGGUCGAUAUUAAUCAAUUCAUGAAAUUUUAUCUCAAAAAUGGUACUCAAUAAAACUUAGACACAUAAUAAAUUUCAUUUGAAAUGUUAAAGAACUUGAUUUACUUUUGCAUUAAAAAUAUGAAGAAACUCUUUCUUCAAUCUAACAUAAUAUCGAAUUUUUACAUAUUUUAGUUGUACAUUUUACAAAAGAUGGACCGACUUCGACUGUUGCCCAUGGAAUUGCCAUCUGCUACCAGCAUAAGCAAUAAUGGAAGUGUUAAAGGAAAUAUUAAAAUUUCUUUUGUCAAGAGAUUGGUAGUCGGAUUUGUAAUCUUGGCUGUGCUAGGCCUAUUAUAUGUACCAGCAUAUCAUUCAGCUCAGGGUCCAUUUUUAGGCUUAGGUGAGACUCCAUGCUCUACAGAACCUCUCAGUGGUUCGCACUUGGUAGCCACUGUAGCACAGUUACCUGGUUGGGCAUAUAAUACUUCAAGAGAUGUUAGAAAUUAUAUUCAUCCAGGAAAUAUUACUUCCAUUUUGAAUCCAUUUGCUCUUUGUUUACCACCUCCAUAUUUACUUAUAAUUAUUUGCUCGUCAGUGGCAAAUUACAAAGCCAGAAUGGCAAUUAGAAAUACUUGGGCUAAUAAAAAUAAUUUAGAUGUUUUAUAUAAUUCUACAGUUAAAGUUGCAUUUCUUCUGGGACAAAGUGAUAAUGAUACACUCAACAACUUUAUAAUUGAAGAAAGUUUUCAAUUUAAUGAUAUACUUCAAGAAAAGUUUUUGGAUACAUAUAAUAAUUUAACAUUGAAGUCUGUUAUGAUAUUAAAAUGGGUCACUACAAAUUGCGAAGAAGCUAAAUUUAUUAUGAAAACAGAUGAUGAUAUGUUUGUAAAUAUAAAUCUUUUGAUGAAAACCUUGCAAGCAAGAACACAGUCUAAAGGUGUUUUACUGGGAUCUCUUAUUUGUAAUGCUAGACCAAUAUCAGAUUCGAAAAAUAAAUGGUAUAUGCCAAAAUAUAUGUAUCCUGAAAAGGUUUAUCCUAACUAUCUAUCAGGUACAGGAUAUGUUAUGAGUAUCGAUGUAGCUUUUAAGUUAUAUCAGGCAGCUUUGAUAACACCUCUACUUCAUUUAGAAGACGUUUAUAUUACGGGUCUUUGCGCAAAGCAUGCAAAAAUACGUCCUAUUAAUCAUCCAGGUUUUAGUUACGCGCAAAGAAAAUUGGAUCCUUGUAUACUUAAUAACUCCAUAACUACACACAAAAUUAAUGCAUCUACUAUGUAUACAAUAUGGAAUAAAAUGAAUAAUAAUACGAAUAUAUCUUGUAAGAAACGUACUCGUACAGGUAAACAAGUUGUUAGCUUAAACAGAAAUGGUAGAAAUGUUGGUUAUUACAUGGUGAAAAGAAGAGCUAUUAAUAGAUGUGUUUAGCACAUCUGAUUAGAGCAUAAUUGAAAAUAUCGGUAUUAUCUCAUGUAUCGUACUGUAUAUAAAGACAACAUACAGCAUAUCUUAAAAUAUUAUUCAUAUUACAUGUCACAGAAUUUUCCAAAAGAUUAUUGCCUUAUAUGAUUUUAAAAAAAUGAGAUCUGCAAAAUUUAAUAUUUGCAAAAAUAGUAUUUCAAUUGAAAAUAUAAGAUAUUAAUUAUUUCUAAUAUUAAGCUUUAUACUUAGUGGUAGGUAGUGAUCGAUGUAGGCCUUCCUUUUCCAUUUAAAUCAAAUUGUUAAUGUGUUAUUAUGAGAUAAAGAUUUGUACUUGAUAUUUGAAAAAAAUUUUUAUAUUUUUCCAUUUAUGCCAUAGUAGUUUAUAAGGAAACACUGUCAAUUAGAUCUAUGUGUAUCAGUUAUUGACUUAUUUUGCAAUGAUAUCUUAUCAUUUACUUUCAGCAUAUUUUUACUAUAUGAAGCACAUCAAUAUAUAUAUUAAUAAUUAAUAAUUUUCUAUUCUGAUAUUUUAUAUCAUAUAUUCAUAGAAAGUGAAUUUUGGUGAGCUUCUUUCAAUGUAACUUUAUUAUUAGAGCAUAUAAUAUUAUAGUUGAAUAUUUGUGAUUUUCUUAGACGAUUCCUAUUUAUAUCUUAUAAGAAAUUUAUCGAAUUUUAUGAAUAUCUUAUUAAUCAGAACAGAACAGAACAUCUGUUGUCCCCUCCUCUAUCUAUUAUGAUAAUAAUGCAUCAAUAUAUAUAAAUAAUGUUUUUGUAUCUUGUAUUGUGAUUUACAAAUAAUAUCCUAAUUUAAAUUGAACUAAAAAAACAUUUAUUACUAAAAUAUUAUAUUUUGUUCAAUUUAGAAAUUGAUAUAUUCUACUUAAUUUAUAAGAUAUAAAAAGAAAGCGAAUAAAAAUCAUAACUUUGUUAUAAUACCUUAAAAGAUACACCAAUAAAGUGCUUCCUUAUCUUCUGUUAUGAUAUUUUAUAAUAAUGAUAUAAAAUAGAAAUAUAAUAACCGCAGAAAAUUGAUAUUUACAAAGAAAUAAGUAUCUUUUAUAAAUGUAUUAGUCUUUAAUAUUUUUAUCUUGUUUUAAAAUUUCCGUAAUAUUUUUAUAUAUAAAAAAAAAAAAAAAAGAAAAAAAAAAAGAACAGAAAACAUUUUUAUCAAGAACAGCAUACAUUCCAUUACAUUUUAACUAAGAAAUUUAAUAAAAAAUAUAAAAUUAAUAAACUUUUAUCAAAUUAAAUUCAAUAAUAUGAUUCCUUUAAAUAUGUCCAAUCGUGUUUUUAUUCUAGGAAUAUUAAAUCAUUAAUAUAUGUAGUUAACAUGUAACUACGUACAAUUUAAAUAGUCUUGAGAAGAAAAGAUUUAUAUAAAGAAAAUUAAAUUAUUAUCAGUAAAUUAAUAUUUAGAAACAAAUUUCGGAGACAGCUUAAGACAGCUUAUCUUACAUAGUUUUAGAUACGAUCAAAGCGUAGAGGAUUUUUAUUAUUUAUUAAUUAAAAUAAACUAUAUUGUUUGUGUGAUUAAAAAAAAUGUCAAUUUUCCGAUUAGGUUGAGUUUACGUAAUUUAUUAUAUAUUUCAAAAUAUUAUUUUUUUCCACUAUUAUAAUAUACAUAUUAAACCGUUUGUAAUCAAAAAGAAAUAUAUUCUUUUAUUGUAAAUUGAUAUAGGUACAUUUAUGAUGCAGAUUUAUGUACAAAUAUUAUCAGAUUAUUAAAUUAUAUUAAAUAUGAAAAAUUGUGUUCCAUGACUCAUACAAUUGUAUUUGAUAUACAUAUAAUACGAUUAUAAAAAAUUACAAGAGAAUGUUAAAAGCUUAUGCGCAUUUGUGAAUAAAUGUAUUACUACUUUGGC